AAACGAGGGGGAGGGAGGCGGGGAGACAGGUCUGUUACUCCGCCUCCGGCUUCAUACGGCUCGCAUUCCUUAUUCACACAAAGAAGAGAGAAGGAAGAAAAGGGCAAAUGAAAUAAAAGGAUCAUGGCAUUAGACAGCGUGAUUCACCAUCCUGUAACUGUACACCGCGCACCCCUGAGCACCGAAUCAGCGCGGAUUAUACACAGAGGCAGCACGCUGGGCUGCAGGACGGGAUGAAGCGCUUUGCUUGUAUUACUGAGCGCCUGGCCAGUCGGAUCUUUUGCGGUAGACAAUGACGCGAGUGAUUUUUUGAUUUCUUCUUUAUAAUUUGUUACACCGGUCCCAUGUAAUGCAGUAGCUAUAUUAUUACUAUAGCGUUACACAGGCGGACUGGGGGUAACGAUACCUCACCAUGAAAAAAGAAAACGGGACAAAACAUCAUCAUAAUGAUAUUCUUGGUAUGCGGGGGAUCGUCUCUAACUGUUCGCAGUAAUCGCUGAAUGACUGUGCUGUGCGGUUCUCUUCAGGGUAUAUACGCGGGGCGCCGUGGCUAGUGGUCAUGCCGAGGUGAUCGCUGUUUAGUGCUGAGGUGUAAUCUUUUUUUUUUGCAGAACGAGUACCUUAGGCAGUUCUUAUGCAUCUUGCUUUAUUAAGCUGAGUUGUCAAAAACUGAUGACUGCUUUCUUUUAAGAAUCUUAAAUGCCCUGUACUGAAAAUCGCACAGUCAAUUAUGCUCGCACUCGUUUUUUAGGGAGAAAUAUCCUAGUUCUGAAGGCUGCCCGGAUUGUUUCUGGGGGGUGUACGGGAUAUGGAUGCUACCUGCAUGACCCCUCGCCUGCUUUCGCGUUCUGGUGCCGAGUUCGCCCUAAAUAGACCGAGGAUGGUUCAGAAGGAGUGCCUAGCGUCACCCCCGCUGCCUGCAUCCUCGUCUCCCAGGGGAGAGACCGCCGCGGAGACCAGGAAGGUGCCCGUGAAAAAGCACCACCACAACCACAACCUGAAACACCGCUACGAUCUGCUGGAGACGCUGGGCAAGGGCACGUACGGGAAAGUGAAGAAAGGGAUCGAGAGGUUCUCGGGGAGAGUGGUGGCAAUCAAGUUGAUUCGGAAGGACAAAAUCAAGGACGAGCAGGACAUGGUGCACAUCAGGAGGGAGAUUGAGAUCAUGUCCUCGCUGCGGCACCCGCACAUCAUCAGCAUCUACGAAGUGUUCGAGAACAAAGACAAGAUUGUGAUCGUGAUGGAGUACGCCAGUAAGGGAGAGCUCUACGAUUACAUCAGCGAGCGCAGGAGCCUGAGUGAGAGGGAGACGCGCCACUUCUUCAGGCAGAUUGUCUCCGCUGUCCACUAUUGCCACAAGAACGGAGUGGUUCACAGGGAUCUGAAACUGGAAAAUGUACUUCUGGAUGAAAACUGUAACAUUAAGAUCGCAGAUUUCGGCCUCUCCAAUCUCUACCACAAGGACCGGCUCCUGCAGACGUUCUGUGGCAGCCCCCUCUACGCCUCCCCGGAGAUCGUCAAUGGCCGGCCCUACCGCGGGCCCGAGGUGGACAGCUGGGCCCUGGGCGUGCUUCUGUACACACUGGUCUACGGCACCAUGCCUUUUGACGGUGGCGACCACAAGAACCUCAUCCGGCAGAUCAGCAGUGGGGAGUACCGCGAGCCCACACAGUCAUCAGAUGCGCGUGGUCUGAUCCGAUGGAUGCUGAUGGUGAACCCGGAUAGGAGGGCCACGGUGGAGGAUAUCGCCAACCACUGGUGGGUGAACUGGGGCUGCGGUCGCAGCGUGUGCGACUGCGAUUCCCUGCGGGAGGCUGGCUCCCCUCUGCUGGCACGCUUCAUCGACUGGCAGCACCGCUCCUCCGGCCUGCAGCCCGAGCUCGAGAACAAGCCGGGCAAACCACUCGCGGUUGCCCGCCAGCGCUCUGUGCGCAAGUCCAAGAAGGAGAAUGACAUGGCUCGCUCUCUGGACGAUGAGGACAAGCCGGGCCUGAAGAGACCCAAAGGCAUCCUGAAGACCAGGACCCCUGGAGAGCAGGGCUCCCACAGCCCCGGAGCCACGGAGGCUGCUGUUUCCUGUCAGGAACUCGACUCCAGCUCGACUCUGGAGCAGGACAAAGCCAGUGGGGCAUCACCGCCAAAGAUGGCGGCUGGGAAAUCGACCACCAUGCCCAAAAAGGGCAUCCUCAAAAAGACCCAGCAGCAGCGGGAGUCGGGGUAUUACUCCUCCCCCGAAGGCAGCGAGUCCUCCGAGCAGCUAGGGGGUGGCGGAGAGUCUCCCCGAACUAACUCUGCCGCCAAGAGAGCUCUGGGGAGGAAAGGGAUUUUGAAGCGCAACGGGAAAUACUCCACCAGCGGCACCCUGCCAGCCAUGGCUGGAGCGGGAGAGUCCUCUGCUGAAGGCCCUAGCUCUCCCGGGCUGUCCCGGAGCUUGAGCCGCCCCUCCAGCGUGGUGAGCGACGACAGCAUCCUGUCCAACGAGUCCUUUGACCUGCUGGACUGGCCUGCCAGCAUGGGCUCUGGAGCAGGGGGUGGGAGGGCCAGGAUCAGGAGCUGCGUCUCAGCAGAUAACCUGCUCCAGGUGGGGGAUUUUGGGCGACUCCAGGCCACACCGCAGCAGCACAGGGGGAAGUUCUACCGGGGCGGCCGGCAGCUGGAGGGGGACAGCGGCAGCUUCUCCUUGCUGGUGGACAUGGACGACAUGACUCAGGUCUACCAGCAAGCCCUGGAGAUCACUGGCAAUCUGACCUAGCCAUGCAGCCGAGCACCUGGGUGGGCUGGGGGGGUAGAAUGACGACCGGUAGAUAGCUGGGAUUUUCUUCGUUUCGUAGCGCAUCGAGCCAGUGUUUCAUCUGCAACUCACAGUUUGAAAUCUGUUCUGAAGGUUGCAGGUUGAAACUACAACUGUGACCAAAAGUUUUGCAUCACCCUAGAAUGUUAAGAUUGAGACCUAAUUAAAACAAAAAAACUAUAUGAACAUAAUUUCUAUUCAUAAUACAGUUCUGUAAGGUAAUGCAAAACUUUUGGCCAUGGCUGUACACAAGCGACAUAGUUAUUAUUAAACCGCUAAAGAUGAAAAGGGUGCUUUUUUGGUUUUCUGUUUAAACAGGAAAAGGAAAUGGUUGACGCCACAGAAACAUGUGAUAUCUAUUGCAACCAAGGGUACUAGUGAAUUAAAACAGUAGGGAGUAGUUUCUAUUAUACUAUUCCUCUGUCAUUCCUUCCAUGUCCCAUUUAAAAGUUACUAGGGAAUGACAAUGAAGCAGUGAGUAGUUGAAGAGAGGUUUUUACUUUCUGUAAAGAGAGCAGGAGAAAGGGAUAUGAAGAAAGCAGGGAAGAAAGGGGAGAUUAGGAAGUCAGCCAAAAAGUUUGGAUCAGUUGGGGGCUGAAGUCUUCUGACCAGGGAGAUGGAUGAGAAGUGGCUGAGACCCCCCCGCCCCCGGCUCCUAAUCUGUAGAUGUCAUAUUGGAAUCUGUUUCAGGUCAGGGAUCACAUGACUUCGCUGGUUGGGAACCCCAGCCAGCAUUAGUGUGCUGCUGGUCUAGACAGCUCUCUUUCCUUGAUGAAUGUCAUUUAAAACCAUGUAAUCUAAGUGCUGUAACACUGCAACCUUGAAUUCCACGUGUGUGGCUUUUGCACUGUCGGAGGCAUUUGUGUACCUCCAUCCCAUCUGGUUGCCUGCUCUCUCAAUAUGUAUCACCUUGCAGAGCAAGACAUGCUUCAGAAACAGCAGGGCGGAGACUCUGUGGCCUGGACUGGACAGCAUAGAUGAGUCCUUUACAACAGAGUGUAAUAGAUAGAAAGAUAGGAAAGCUGGGGAUUGAAUUAGAGUUAGCUGCUUAGUAGAAGGGUUGUGGAUAUGUUGAAGGAAAGCUGCUGUCUUAUCUGGGAGAGGGCAUGAGGACUCUUCUUACUCACCACUAUCUUUUAUCCCUCUUCCCUCGCUGCUUAUAUACCCAUUGCAUGUAUACAACCCCUUCCACUAUUACACAGCUCCUCCCAUUCUUGCAUUCAGCAAAUCGCCUUUCCCACUCAUUCAUAACUCAACCCAUGCAUAUACUGACAUAGCCCCUCCCCCUUUACAUAACCCCACCCCUUUACAUAACCCCUCCCACACACGCGUGACACACUCUUGCCAUGCCUCUUCCGUUCCCCCGAGUGCCUCUCCCGCUGCAGGCGAGGUUGUUGGAGGAGAGUUGUGGAGCAGACAGGAUUGAGUAAUGUAGUAAAGUACGGAGCAGAGCAGUGAUAUGGUAGAAGGAUUGAGCAGGUAUGCAGUAGGUUUGUUGUUGUGUUAGUGAAGAAGCAGAGCUACCAAAGAAAAGCUACUAAGUCCUGUAGAUGGAGGACUGUAUUACCAAAGUCAGGCAGUUCCUAUAUACUCUGUGAGCUGUUGGGACCUUCACAUACCAUACAUACAUUCUGGUCCUUUCUAAGGGAUAGUGUCAAAUCUGAUAAAAAAAGCACAUUAUUUUAAAUUGUUCUGAAAAAUACACCAAAGAUGACAAUGCAAUGCUGCAGCACAGCAGUGUUUUAUUGUUCAAGGAAAGCAGAACAGAAAGAAGGAAUGAAUGAAUGAAUGCAUGAAUCAUUGCUAAGUAAAGUGUCGUCUCUCAUGCUGUGGCUCACUCUCUAACUCUGGUCCCUGGGGUGUUGCCUGACUGCUCCACGGGUUUCAGAAGCAGCAUGCAAUGGAACGAGCCUGCAAUCCGUCCCUGUGUGUAUAUUAUCAGGCUUGGGGACUUGGUUCUACUUGAUUUAAUGAAAGUCUGCAGGUGUUGUUUUUGAAUUUAGUAAGAGAUCUUUUAAAAUCAUGCCAAUUUGAUAUUCUGCAGGCCAUUGCACAGCAAGCUAAAGGGCACUGGUAUAACAAUAAUACAUUGUGGUGCUGUUGCAUGGGAGCUGAAACACAGCCUUCUUUAAAUAAGACAGGAGUUCAAGUUUACUGAAUGGGACCCGAAUGGGCAGCAUCACUGGUUACCGUUUCAAUGCAGGUGUGCACCUUGUGUAACACAGUGCAGACAACUGGGUAACACAAUGGAACACGGGCAACCAUUCACUGGUGAGGAAGUAAAAGGUCAUUAGCUGCUGAAUUCUAAUGAAGUAAUCAUCAGUUUAAGAGCAAUUCCACACAUACCCUUAUAAAGGUUUCCCAUAGUAAAAGCAUAGCAAAGUGUAAUAAAGCAUAGUAAAGAAUAGGCACACAUUGUAAAUUAUAGUGAGGUGUGGUAAAGCAUAAUAAAAACAUGUCAAACCAUGGUAAAUGCAUAGUAUAACCAUAGGAAAAGCAUGGGAAACUGCAGAAAAUACAGUGCAAAAAUACAACAGUAAACCUUUAUAAGCGUAUGCAUCUGAUCAGUCUUGUUCCUACCUAUAUUCUCACUGCAACUCUUAAUUGUGUAUGACAAGUAACAUCCACUGCACACCUUACCUACAAACAAACAAACAAACAAACGAUCAACGAGCACACGAACAAACAAACAAACAAACAAACAAACAAACAAACAAACAAACAAACAAACGAUCAACGAGCGAACAAACAAACAAACAAACAAACAAACAAACAAACAAACAAACAAACAAACGAUCAACGAGCGAACAAACAAACAAACAAACAAACAAACAAACAAACAAACAAACGAUCAACGAGCGAACAAACAAACAAACAAACAAACAAACAAACAAACAAACAAACAAACAAACAAACAAACGAUCAACGAGCACACAAACAAACAGCGAACGACUAACUGUGCUUUCUGGAAACUGGAAAUAACUAGAAAAAGUAAAAAAAGGAAAGGAAAAGUGUACUGGAUACUGUUAUUAUAGUAUUAUUAUAAUAUGUUAUUUAAUUAUUAUUAUUAUUAUUAUUAUUAUUAUUAUUAUUAUUAUUAUUAUUAUUAUUGUUGUUGUUUUUUUAAACCUGGACUGCUGAGGUGACUUUGUGUUUUGUUUUCUUUGCCUUGUUAUUAUUAUUAUUAUUAUUAUUAUUAUUAUUAUUAUUAUUAUUACAGUAAUCCUUCACAUAUCCGACUGAGAUGGGACCAGAGUAAGGGCGGAUAUGUAAAAAGUCGGAUGAAUGAAUCCUCUUUUAAAUACCAUUAUACACAGCUGUAACAAUUACUAUAUUCACACAAUUACUGUUUUGAGAUUCAGCUUUUAUUAGGGAGCUCCCCUAAAUCCCUUGUGUAGAAAGAUACAAGGUAUUAAUGCUUAUGACAGAAUAGCCCUCUACCAUGUGGGUGUGUGCAUUCACUGCUGAGUGACAGACAGGAGAUCGAGGUUGAAGCUGUUACACCCCGCAGAUGAACAGGAUUUAUUUACAUAUCAACACACUCAACAGCUCACGUGACACUACCAGCAAUGGCAGCGCACGGAGCAUAUACAAUGCAGUGUACGAAAAACUUUUGAGUAUCUACAAUCUCUGAACUAAUCUUCGCUGUUCAAUAAUAAACUAACGUGGCUGACGAGGUGGCGGUUAAACAGUUAGGGCGGCUAUGUGACGGGCGGAUACGCGACGGAUUACUGUUAUAAUAAUGUUUGUUUUUUAAUAAUUGUAUUUAUUGGUCUUAAAGCCAUUGGGUUUGGUGUACUGCUAUGCUCUGUUCUGAUGUGACAGAUGUCAGAGGAGCGGCACGGCCUGGCUGUUAGAAAGCAGGCUUGGGGUUAAGGGGGAGGGUAGUGUUGGAAAGAGCCCCUGAUCAAUCCAACAUCAAGGCUGUAUUCAUAAGGCAUUACCCACACAGAUUAAUGCAGAGGACUGCAAAACAUUGGCCCAGUGCCCUAAUGCGGUAUGUACUGAAUCAUUUUCACUAUACAUUCCUGUAUGAAUUACCAGUGGAUAUUAAAAAGUAUAUACACAAGUGCCACCUGCUGGACGGUAUGUGUAUAUACAGCAGCCAUGCUUGGAGGUCAAUGUGCUCCACAAUGUGAUCCUGGCUAUAGAACCCCCUGUCACACCAAACUGAGGGGCUGUAGGGAUUCGGGACAGUUACUGGCUGUGUAAUUCCGACACAUUUUGGGUCCCCUCUGUACUGUGUAAUUGCUACAUAUUUUGGGUCCCCUCUCUAUUGUGUACCAGCUACCAACUUUCUUACCUGUUCCACAUUGUGGCUAUUGACUGUACUACUAGACUUGGUCAACAGAGCUGGAAGAUAAGGAACAAAAAAAAAAAAAAGUAAAACGUCAAUAAUGAUCUGCUGUUGCCUUUCUUUUUAAAUGAUUGAUUAAGAGAAUGUUGUAAACGGGCAUUUUAAAUACAGGAAGUUGUAUAACCCUU